AUGUUCAGGGUGGACGCUGCCGCCCAGAGCGCCGGCACGACGCUGCCGCCCAGAGCGCCGGCGGGACGCUGCCGCCCAGAGCGCCGGCAGGACGGUGCCGCCCAGAGCGCCGGCAGGACGCUGCCGCCCAGAGCGCCGGCAAGACGCUGCCGCCCAGAGCGCCGGCACGACGCUGCCGCCCAGAGCGCCGGCAGGACGCUGCCGCCCAGAGCGCCGGCGGGACGCUGCCGCCCAGAGCGCCGGCGGGACGCUGCCGCCCAGAGCGCCGGCGGGACGGUGCCGCCCAGAGCGCCGGCGGGACGGUGCCGCCCAGAGCGCCGGCGGGACGCUGCCGCCCAGAGCGCCGGCGGGACGGUGCCGCCCAGAGCGCCGGCGGGACGGUGCCACCCAGAGCGCCGGCGGGACGGUGCCGCCCAGAGCGCCGGCGGGACGGUGCCGCCCAGAGCGCCGGCGGGACGCUGCCGCCCAGAGCGCCGGCGGGACGGUGCCGCCCAGAGCGCCGGCGGGACGCUGCCGCCCAGAGCGCCGGCAGGACGCUGCCGCCCAGAGCGCCGGCAGGACGCUGCCGCCCAGAGCGCCGGCGGGACGCUGCCGCCCAGAGCGCCGGCGGGACGCUGCCGCCCAGAGCGCCGGCAGGACGGUGCCGCCCAGAGCGCCGGCGGGACGCUGCCGCCCAGAGCGCCGGCGGGACGCUGCCGCCCAGAGCGCCGGCGGGACGGUGCCGCCCAGAGCGCCGGCGGGACGGUGCCGCCCAGAGCGCCGGCGGGACGGUGCCGCCCAGAGCGCCGGCGGGACGCUGCCGCCCAGAGCGCCGGCGGGACGGUGCCGCCCAGAGCGCCGGCGGGACGGUGCCGCCCAGAGCGCCGGCGGGACGGUGCCGCCCAGAGCGCCGGCGGGACGCUGCCGCCCAGAGCGCCGGCAGGACGCUGCCGCCCAGAGCGCCGGCGGGACGGUGCCGCCCAGAGCGCCGGCGGGACGCUGCCGCCCAGAGCGCCGGCGGGACGGUGCCGCCCAGAGCGCCGGCAGGACGCUGCCGCCCAGAGCGCCGGCGGGACGGUGCCGCCCAGAGCGCCGGCAGGACGGUGCCGCCCAGAGCGCCGGCGGGACGGUGCCGCCCAGAGCGCCGGCAGGACGGUGCCGCCCAGAGCGCCGGCGGGACGGUGCCGCCCAGAGCGCCGGCAGGACGCCUGGGCCUGGCAUGGUCCAUUAGUCAUGCAGAAGUAUCAUCAGCGACAAUAA